ACUCUUAGCCUCCGCCCAGAGACGACUGUGUCUAUCGAUGCACCGGCUUCUUUAUACUUUCCGUCAGUCUGGAAUUUUGACUUUUUAAGCUUUGAGGGAAGAAUGAGGCCUUGGGUUCGCUCCAUCAGGUCCAGAUCGGUUCAGCACACAUCCCUGUCCACCAGCCGCUCAGACAAAGGGACAGUCUGGUCAAGCCGCUCGCUGGGCGCCCGAUGUCGAAACUCCAUUGCAUUAUGUUCGGACGAGCAGCCGCACAUUGGGAACUACCGGCUGCUCAAGACCAUCGGCAAAGGCAACUUUGCCAAGGUCAAACUGGCGCGACACAUCCUGACGGGCAGAGAGGUUGCAAUAAAGAUCAUUGAUAAAACACAACUCAACCCAACCAGCCUGCAGAAGCUGUUUCGUGAGGUACGCAUCAUGAAAACUCUCAACCAUCCCAACAUAGUCCAGCUGUUUGAGGUCAUAGAGACAGAGAAGACACUCUACCUCAUCAUGGAGUACGCCAGCGGGGGGGAGGUGUUUGACUAUCUCGUGUCUCAUGGCAGGAUGAAAGAGAAAGAAGCCCGAGCCAAAUUCAGACAGAUUGUGUCAGCGGUGCACUACUGCCAUCAGAAGCACAUUGUUCACAGAGACUUGAAGGCGGAGAACUUGCUACUUGACGCCAACUCCAACAUCAAAAUCGCCGACUUUGGCUUCAGCAAUGAGUUCACAGCCGGCAGCAAGCUGGACACCUUCUGUGGCUCUCCGCCUUACGCUGCACCGGAACUCUUCCAAGGGAAGAAGUACGACGGUCCAGAGGUGGACAUCUGGAGCUUGGGCGUCAUCCUCUACACGCUGGUCAGCGGGUCCCUGCCCUUUGACGGACAAAACCUGAAGGAGCUGCGAGAGCGUGUCCUGAGAGGGAAAUACCGCGUGCCCUUCUACAUGUCUACAGACUGUGAGGGAAUCCUGCGCCGCUUCCUCGUCCUCAACCCAUCCAAGCGCUGUUCGCUGGAGCAAAUUAUGAAGGACAAGUGGCUGAAUGUGAGUUACGACGGAGAAGAGCUGAAGCCUCACACAGAGCCUGAGGAGGACUUCAACGAUACCACUCGCAUCGAUGUGAUGGUGGGGAUGGGCUUCACCAGAGAUGAGAUCAGGGAGUCUCUGGUCAGUCACAAGUACAAUGAAGUGACAGCCACGUACCUGCUACUAGCACGCAAGACUGGGGCUGAAAACAGCGUGUCCCGGUCCGGCAGCAAUCUCAGUCUCGCUCGAGUCCGGCCCGGCACCCUCACCAACGGGACCAGCAAACACUCCACUUCCUCCUCUGGCGCGACAUCCUCGUCAGCCCACAAGCCACAACGCAGUGUCUCCACCUACCAGCGCCAGAGACGACACUCUGACUUCUGUGGUCCGGCUGCUUCGGGGUCUGCACACCCCAAGCGCAGUCCCAGUGGUGUGGGGGAAGGAGCGGCGCUCAAAGAGGAGAGGUUAUCGGUCCGCAAGCCCAGCAACAACACUGUUAGCUCACGGAGCAUCCCGGCCCCCUCCAGUCCCAUGGUCAGCUCCGCUCACAAUCCAAAUAAAGCGGAAAUACCCGACCGACGCAGGGAGGCCAACUCGACCACGAAUAACGUCUCUGCUAGUGCCAUGACUCGAAGGAAUACAUAUGUGUGCACGGACCGCUCCAGCACUGACAAACACUCCCUGCUGCAGAACGGCAAAGAAAACAGUACCCUAUCCCACCGCCUGCCCCCGGCCUCCCCCUCCACCCACAGCAUCGCCGGCGCGUCGGGCGUGUCCUCCUCGUCCUCCACACCCUCCUCGCGUCUCUCCAGGGGCUCUGCGGCGAGGAGCACUUUCCACGGAGGGCAGAUCAGGGACCGCCGACCUCCCUCGCACGCCCCUCUGGCGUAUCCCACGCCGUCGAAUGACACCAGCCCCCUGCCCAGCACCAGGACCCCCCGCGCCACAAGCAACCUGCUGAGCAAGCUCACCUCCAAGUUGACCCGCAGGGUCACUCUUGACCCUUCUAAACGUCAGAGCUCAAACAAGUCCAUGUCGGGCUGCACCCUCCCACAAGGGACAAAAACAGUUAACGAACCUGAGAGAAUCAGCAGAUCUCCGGUCACAAGAGUCUCAGGGUAACAGCAGCAGGUAACGUUAGCAAACUGUCGUGGCUGCUGGUGGUAGAUCAGGGGUUCUCAAAUGGUCUCAGCCUGGGACCCACAUUUUCCAAUUCUGUACCGACCCACUUUAACGUCAUUUUACAUUUGUAUAUUAACCCUUCAUUAUUUGCACUUUUUUUUACACUUUUAAGAUGUAUUUAAUUCCUUCAUUUUUAUUUACAUUUUUUACACUUUUAUAUUUAAUUAAUUCCUCUGUUUUUAUUUAUAUUUUUUACACAUUUAUAUGUAUUUAAUUCUGCCAAUUUUAUUAAAAAUUUCUACAUGUUUAGAUUUUAUAUUAAAUUCAUUCCGUCAUUAUUUUAUUUUUAUUUCUUACACUUUUUUAUAUUUAAUUCCUUCAAUUUAAUGUACUUUUUUCACACUUUUAUAUUUAAUCAAUUCUUUAAUUUUUAUUCAUGUUUUUUACACUUUAUAUAAUUCAGUCAAUUGUAUGUAAAUUUUUACACAUUUAUAUUUAAUUAAUUAUUUCAUUUUUAUUUAUAUGUUUACAUUUUGAUUUAUUUAAUUAUUUUAUUAAUUUAUUUAUAUCUUUACACUUUUACAUUCAUUUAAUUUCUUCAUUAUUUCGUUGAUCUUUUUUACACUUAUUUAAGUCAUUGACAGUUUUAUAUUUAAUUCCUUGCGUUAAUUAUUUCUUAUUUUUUACACUUUUAUAUAAUUCCGUUAUUUUGUUUUAUUUUUACACUUGUAUUUAUUUAAUUCUUUCAUUAUUUUAUUUAUUUUGUACUCUUUUCUAUUAAUUCACUCUUUCAUUAUGUUAUUUAUAUUUUUUUAUCCAAGUCAAACCAAGCAAAGGUAUUUCUCUUAUCAAAUCACUUGUCAUCUUUUGACUGAUUACUGUGUAUUACAGAAUACACAUCAUUACCUGUGCAAAGUGCAUUUCAGAAGAAUUUAUCAGGCAUUUUGUCAAGGAAAUGAGGAAGAACGCAUUAUCCGCAUGCAUACAAAUAAUGCAUAAAUGAAAAUAAAAAAUCUAAAUUGCACUAAAUAAGAUCACAAAAUCAAAUCUCACAAUGCAAUGAAUAAAUACCAUACAAUAAAUAAUAGGAAGAUGACAAAAAAUAUUGCUAAAUGUACUUCAAAAUAACCUGCCGCCCACUUUUGGGUCCCGACCCACCAGUUGAGAACCACUUUGAUAGAUGAAGCUGUAAAUUAAAUGUUUUAGUAUCAUACCGUCUCUUUUCACCCACUUUAGACACUUUAGAUAUGUUUUUCCGACCUGUGUUUAGAAAUGACUCCCAUGAUGGAUGUGAUUCGUCUUGAGGGAGAUGGUAGAUGUUAGAGAAGAAAUUUAUUUAUUGCAUUUCAAUCUGUUUUUAAUAACUGAAUGAUGAUGCAAUGAUACAAUCAUUAGACGUCAUUGCUGCAAGACACUUUCAACAAUCUAACGAAAUAAUAUGGUACUCAUACAGCAAAACAUAUAAUGUAUGUACUAUGAUCAAAUAGCAGUGUUUUCCAUUCAUUCAUUUAUUUAUUUGUGGCAGGUCGCCAUCAAUACAUUUGGACCACCACAAAUAGAUUCAGUGUUGCCUUUUGCAAUCCUGUGGGAAACAUUGAAUAUUACCAAGUACCAUAGUACCUUACCCAAUACUAAUAGUGCAUUACCCAGUAAGUAGGAAGUACUUACCCAUGAUAGAUGCUUGGUACUCUCUGCAGUUGAGUAACUAGGCCACUGUAUGAGGGCAAUCAGUGCUUAGAACGAUUGGUAUAUAAUUGUGUUUGCUGAUAUUAAUGAUUUUCUUCCUCCCUCCUCCACUCCAUCAAAC